AUGACCGCCUUUCUUUCGUGUCGCACAUCACUGGAGCAACGUCGCCCAACACCACGGUGUCAUCUUGGCCGCAGUGUUCUUUCAUCUCCACGACAUUUGACCUUCGGCUUUCGCAGCAUCUCCUCGUUUGUUCUACUCACCAACAUAAGCACAAGCCCUUCUUCCAGCGCUCUUGCCCAGCCUGUUCCCUCCGCGUCCUCCACGACGGCCAAGGUAGGCAAGUCCAAAAACCGCGUUUCGCUUGGCGGAAUCGAUGAGGUGCAUGAGCACUUUCCCGACCCCGACGCCGACCCAACAUUUGACGCGUACAAGUUUGGCGAUGCGCACGGCAUCGUUCAUCAUUCCGUCAAAAACAGCUUACAAACCAUCUCUUCUACUUCCCGAACGACCCCUGCCACCGCCAUUAGUGUCUUCGUGAACGCUAUGGAGGCGGAGUGCAGGAGAAUGCGGAUCGGGCUGACUUUGGGGGAUCAGAAGGGAAAGGUCUUGGAAAGAACGAGCUUCGACCGGUUUUCGGAGGUUCAGCAAGAGAUGCUAGCUGUGGUAAAGGAGGCUGGCACAGGCAAUGCCGAAAGCGAUGUUUUUGCCAGCACCGCUGCAGGACAUCGAGAGGACCCGGAAAAAUUGUCGCGACACGGCGGCCCCCGGGGUACUAUGAAUAUGAUUCCACAAACCUGUUAUCAGGCGGGCUGGCACUUCAACAUAUUGGAAUUCGGGUCACACUUGGGGGAUGGGACGCUGCGGUUGUUAGCGAAAAUCUUGCAGUCGAUCGGCGAACAGCCGAAGGUGAUAUGGCCCGAGCAAAUCAACGUCAUCGCCACGGAAGACAACCAGAGUUGGCAAGCGGAAGGCACGAAAUUUGUGCGCGAGGCGCUACAGAGAUACACGAACGGGUAAGAGGAUUUUUGAUGAUCUUCAUUUUUUUCACAUAGUGAAAUGCAAAUGCGCAGCGAUUUUUGACGAGCAGAAGAUGAAGAGGGAAAGAAUUGAAAUUCUUACUCAACCCUGUCGUUUAAGUACGCAAAACCUUCAAUCAUCGAAACAACAGUCCGCUUCCAGCUUUCGCCGAGCUUCCCGCGCAAGGCACGUCAUCGACAACCAAGCAGCUACAGCCCUGCCUGCAAGCACAAUCACCGGCGUCAAAAAAGCGCUCCAAAUCUUCCGAGGAUCUGAUCCACUACAAUCCGUUGACCUUCGACCUGACCGACCCGGAGGAGUUUGAGAACAUCGCCCCGGCGAUCCACUCGCACAUUGACAACUCCGGCUUCGACUUGGUCAUCUUCGACCACGACCCGCCUGAGCGGUUUCUGUCGGAUUUGCAAAUUUUGGUGGAAAAAGAUAUUCUCAAGGACAACAGCAAAGUGAUCGUGGACAACAUGCUGCGGCACAAGGAGCGGCUUGCCGACUUCCGCGAGUACCUCGAGGAAUCCAGCUGGUUCGAAGUGGAAAAAUUCGAAAUUUCCAAACCCUACAUUGACCGGUUGGUGGUCGCGACGUUUAGGAGGGGGAAGUGGAGAAAAGCGCUGCGGGAAGAGUUGUGAGGAAGGAUAAUUUCAUGGUGAUCUACAAUAUACAACACGACUUUGUAGGAUACUUUUGAGGCUCGUGUUACUGAGUAAAGUUCAACAAUACGCAGGAGUGCAGCAAUCCAAGAGUAGCGGAUGGUAGUGAGCCCCAUGUUGCGAUGAUGCCACCUAGUGAUAGCAAAUCCCUCGUGCUAGUCGUUGUGCUUGUGCGGUCA